AUGCCCGUUCAAACCAGCCCACCGUCGCUGCCGGACUCGUUCCCAUCAUUUAUGUCGGUGUUUGGCGGGGACCCCUCAAUAUCUCUAGAGAAGGAGGAGCAACACAUCAAGAUACAACAUCUCAGCUUCCCAGCUAACAUCAACGGGAACACGUUGCGACGCCCUCUACCCUUUCAACAUCGCGAAAGCGUCUCCUCCGCAACAUCGGGAUCUGCCGAUUCGUCGCCUACCACUACAGUCUCAACCUUCGAUUCGCCUAUCACCACAGAUACCUCUCCCAAUUCCUCACCAGAAUCACCAACAUCGAUGCCUCUUGCUUACUCUAAAUUUAUGGCAACACGCAACUUCGAGAACCCAGCUUUAACCACAGCUCAAAGCAAUUUGUCCAAAAUGACAUCAGAAUCUGAAACCACUCAAAAACGACCGGACUCCCCCGGGAGACGAGACAGAAACCUCAAAAACCUGUCGCUGAGGAUGCCUCCGCCCCUAAGUUCCUCACGCCCUUCGAUUUCUACUGCCUCCGUCGUGGAAAUAAACUCUCAGCAUCACCUUUCCGCCCCACCGUCCCCAAUAAGUAUCCCUCCUAAAGGAAUGCGACGGAAACCCGCCGGCCUCACAAUCCGCACGCCCGGGUUCGACCGAUCCUUCUCUAGCAAUAUUUCAGAGCUGGUUCCUCCAACCCCGCAUGGCCGGAUGUCAUUGCGACACGCCGAGUCGUCGCCAUCAUUGACGUCCGUAUUUUCGCCUUCAUUUGGCCCUAAGGGUGGCAUGCAAUUACCGCGGCCGAGUACACAGCAUGGCUAUCGACGACCAUCCGCACACUCGGAGGAUAAUCUUUCUCCAGUUCCUUCCGUCGCAGAUGAGGGAGCAAUAGCGGAGACUGUAUUGCACGAAUUAGUGGAGGAAGAUGACGUUCCGCAAUCAAGAGAAUCCGCGCGCCGCAGCGAACGUGGUUACCCGAACGGUCCCAUACAAAUCUAUGACUCCGGUGUUUUUCUGUAUUUGGAACCUACCGCGGAUGAAGCCUCACGGUUCGACGUUGUCGUCAAUGUGGCCAAGGAAGUGAAGAAUCCGUUCACCACCGAUAACUCGCAAACUGUGAUGAGCGCUUUGCGCAAUGGGACUGUCGAUCCCAGACGUCAGUCUUGUUCAACACCCUUCACGGCUUUCUCAGACGCUUCCUUCAAAUCGGCACUCGAGUAUCUACCCGCUAAGUCGGGAACUUCGACUCCGAAGAAUGAGCCAUCCGGACCGGAGUAUGUGCAUGUAGGCUGGGACCACAACUCGGAAAUACUGCAAGACCUAUAUCCGCUAUGCGAGCUCAUUGAGUCCCGUAUCUCCCAAGGAAAGAAAGUUCUUAUCCACUGCCAACUUGGUGCAAGCCGAUCCGCUUCUUUAGUGAUCGCCUACGGCUUGUAUAAGAACCCGCAGCUUGACUUCAAUUCAAUGUAUGAAACAGUCAAGGAACGGAGUCGAUGGGUUUCGCCCAACAUGAGUCUCAUCUAUCAGCUAACGGACUUUCGGUCGCGGCUGCUUCGUGGCUCACGGCCAUCGUCAGGGGAUUGGUCCCUAAAAGGAUCUGCACCCCCGACACCGCUUCCUGAGGGAGCCAUGUCUUCUCAAACGGAGGUAUCAAGAGAUUCAUGUGCUACCCCUGAUACUGAACCAAACUCCUCUAUUGGUCCAUCGCAAGGCUCGCUCAGCUCGAGCUCUCUUUCGGUGCCCUCGACCAACCACACGACACCGGUUUCCGCUAGCAGUCUUGGAUUUCCCAAGUCUCUCUCAAAGAAGCGGAGUGUUUCCCCUAGGCCUCUGGCUCUAAGGCAAAGUUUCUUCAACCCGGAGACCCGGAAUCGUUCCAUGCAGGGCGGAUUGUCUAGUGAUAAUGCAGAGCACGAGUCAAGAAAUGCGUUUGCAAAGAACACCGAAGAGCCUUCUCUCUUUUCCCCGCGGACAACGGGCUUCAUGGCUGUGGCUCGACCUCGACCGUUGUCGGGUAUUCUUGAGGAUGGACGACCAAAUGUGGUCUCAAUCGCGGAUCCACGGUCGCCUCCUCAAGGCCACGAGCGACUAAUUAUGAGAAGCAUUGAUGAGUUUUUGUGA